AUGGCAGACCCGCCCUACGACGACGACGAGGACAGCAACGACACCCUCUUCCAACGAGUGCUGUCCUUGGGCCUUGCUCCCGUCCGCAUCUUGACCUCCCGCACCGCCAUCAAAGCCUACCUCUCGACACUGCUCUUCCUGGGCACCUCGACCGUGCUCCUCGCCCUCUCCUCGACCGCCUAUGCCUUCUUCUACUACAACUACAUCCCACAGAUCAGCUUGGAACGCGUCCUGUACCUGCAGUAUGGCACCGACUUUCCCCCGCACGCGAUGGCGGCCCUGGACACAAACGCCCUGGUUUCGCAGCAGGCGUAUAAUGUGGAGGUGAUCCUGGACAUGCCGCGCACCCCGAACAACCUGCAGGCUGGCAACUUCAUGCUGGACCUAUCCCUGCUGGGCUCCAAAGGUGUACCGGACGCCAUGGCCUCGUGGCUGGGCAACAUCACGCUGGAAAACGUGCUCUACCACUCGCGACGACCGGCCAUCUUGCCCUACGCGUCCCCGAUCCUGUCGCUCAGCCACACGGUGCUCCAUCUGCCCUGGCACCUGCUCAACUUGCGCGACCUGGACAGGUCUCGUCUGGUGGUGCCCAUGUUCGAGAUGCUGGUGUUUCCCCGGGGUGUGAGGAACCUGCCCACGCACGCGCGACUCGAGCUGCAGGCCGGCAGUGUUUUGCAGGUGUACGACGUCAAAUUGGCGUUUCGGGCCAAGUUUCAGGGCAUGAGGUACUGGAUCUACAACUACCGCAUCACGACGUUUGUCGUCUUCACGGCCCUAUUUUACGGCGUCAGUCUCACGAGUAUGGCGUUGGGGUGGGCGGUGAUUUCACAUGUGCUCUCCUCCGGUGGUGGCGGCGAUGGGACGCAGAAGAGGAUCAAGAUGGAAGCAGGCACGCCGAUCAAUCCCGAGCAACACGAGUCGUCCUCGGGCACCGCCACCGCCAAAAUCAAGACGGAGGACGAGGCCGAGUUGUCCAGCCCGCACGGGGGUGGUGGUUUGUCUCUCUCGAACGUCUCGGACACGCCGACACAGUUUCCGACCGGGAGAGGUCGGCCGCUCUUGUCGUAUGCUGGACGUUUCCCUGGCGGCUCCGCGGCAAAAGAAGCGAGAGAACAACAUAUGGAAGUGGAGGAAGACCGUCUGAGAAGGCCCAUGGGUCCCGGCGAGGCGGCGGACGACGAAGACGAGGGAGACUUUGACGAGGAGGAAGAAAACAUUCGCGGGAGACGGGCCGAAGGGGGCGAUUCCGGGAUCGGGACCAGCAUGGAGAGCGAGCAUGCUGCUGCUGGGGGCUCGGGGGUCGUCGUCCGGAGGAGGAGGAGUUCCAGGGGACUAGGGAAGGGAUGA